AUGUCGUCCACGCCUUUACCCAUCGCGGUCGAUCCGGUCGCGUUGGUCAUUACGGAAUGCAUCACAGUCACCUCGGCCAUGCGAAAACAUGCCCGUUGGGCUCACUCGUCCGUCUCUGCCAUCCUCGGCGGAGGUGCCGUCUCUCGUGUCUACGACCGAGAUACAUCGGCGCCCCCAAGCCCCCGCAAUGGGUCUACGCCGCCCCGUCCACGAUCGAGAAUGUCCUCCGCCGAUGAGGAUCACGUCCUCGCGAACCGCUGGGGUCUCCGGGGCAAGAAGGGCAAGAGUAUGCAAGACAACCCACUAAUUUCUGCCUUUGCCAGGUUGCGGAGCGACCUCAAGGGCUGCAAAGAUAUCCGGUCCUUUGACGCUCCUGCCUUGCUUCACCCGUUCCUCCAGGUCAUCCGAUCCUCUUCCACCUCCGCCGCCAUUACCUCCCUGGCCCUUGUCGCCCUGACCAAGUUCUUCGCCUACAACAUCAUUAGUUGCGAUUCCCCCAGACUCCCCAUGGCCAUGCAACUCCUCUCGGCCGCCAUUACCCAUUGUCGCUUCGAAGCCAGUGAUUCGGCCGCCGAUGAGAUCGUCUUGCUGCGGAUCUUGAAAUUGAUGGAAGGGAUGCUGUCUCGGCCCGAGGGCGAGCUGCUCGGAGACGAGAGUGUUUGUGAGAUGAUGGAAACCGGUCUGAGCAUGUGUUGUCAGGUCCGCCUGUCGGAGGUGUUGCGGAGAUCAGCCGAAAUGGCCAUGGUCAACAUGUGCCAGGUCAUUUUUAUGCGCCUGUCGCACCUGGAAAUCUCCAAGGACGACGAAACCGGAUCCCAAGCUCCUUUGCGCACCGAGUCCGAGCAGACCAACUUGAAGAUGGACCCGUCUGUCGACGGGAAUACCGUGACCUCGCAACAUCCAUCCGCCAUGGGUUCCGACACCGGGGUGACUGAUCGAGAUCGUAGCAGCCGCGACGGAUCGCCCGAGCAGAUGCUGAAUGGGAGUGCCGUUGCCGCCCCACCAAACCCUCAGGACGACACCGGUGACGAAGUGAAGCCAUACUCUUUACCGUCUAUUCGUGAACUCUUCCGCGUCCUCAUCGACCUGUUAGAUCCGCACAACCGCCAACAUACCGAGCCGAUGAAGGUCAUGGCAUUAAGGAUCAUUGACGUUGCCCUGGAGGUCGCGGGUCCGUCUAUUGCGAAACACCCAAGUCUCGCGACGCUGGCGCAAGACGACCUAUGCCGGCACCUCUUCCAGCUGGUUCGAUCAGAGAACAUCGCAAUCUUGACUGCGUCACUGAGGGUCGCCGGCACUCUGUUGCUAACUUGUCGGCCGGUCUUGAAGUUGCAGCAGGAGCUUUACCUGUCCUACCUAGUCGCAUGUUUGCACCCGAAGGUCGAAAUUCCGAAAGAGCCCGGCAUCAAUCCGGCCCUUUACGACGGUGUCCCGCAGGUGCCCAAGCUCGUGAAGCCGUCGCCAUCGCAAACGAAUAGUGGAAGAUCCACGCCGGUUCCCGUUAAGGAUAGACAACAGUUGGGUCUGGAAGGUGGGUCGCGGAGGCCGGAGACCCGGGAAGCCAUGGUCGAGAGCAUUGGCGUGCUGGCACGCAUCCCGAGCUUCAUGGUAGAGCUUUUCAUCAACUACGACUGCGAUGUCGAUCGGGCCGACCUGUGCGAGGACAUGGUCGGCUUGCUCUCACGUAGUGCGUUUCCGGAUUCAGCUACGUGGAGCACGACCAACGUGCCUCCGCUGUGUCUGGACGCCCUACUUGGUUACGUUCAAUUCAUCUACGAUCGACUUGACGACGAGCCGUCGCACGAGGGUUUCCCCUCCAUCGAGCAGCUCCGGAGCCAGCGCAGAACGAAGAAGCUGAUCAUGCACGCCGCCCAGAAGUUCAACGAGGAUCCCAAAGCUGGGAUUGCUUAUCUGGCAUCCCACGGUAUCAUCGAAGACCCGAGUGAUCCCGCCCUUGUGGCUCGUUUCUUGAAGGGGACGACUCGGUUGUCGAAGAAGAUGCUGGGUGAAUAUUUGUCCAAGCGCAAUAAUGAAGAGCUGCUCGAUGCCUUUGUCGAGCUGUUCGAUUUCACUGGAAAGACCAUCGUAGAUGCCCUCCGGGAUCUCCUGGGUGCUUUCCGUUUGCCUGGCGAAUCACCCCUGAUCGAACGUAUCGUCACCACCUUCACCGAGAAAUACAUGCAAAAGGCCCAGCCCACUCAGAUCGCCGACAAAGACGCUGCCUUUGUGCUAACGUACGCCAUCAUCAUGCUUAAUACAGAGCUCUACAACCCCAACAUCAAGUCCCAAAAUCGCAUGUCAUGUACCGAUUUCUCCCGGAAUCUGCGGGGCGUGAAUUCAGGCCAGGAUUUCGCACCUGAAUUCUUGCAGGAGAUCUACGAUUCAAUCAAACAUAAUGAGAUUAUUUUGCCGGAUGAGCAUGAUAACCAGCACGCAUUCGACUUUGCGUGGCGGGAGUUGUUGCUGAAAUCCUCCUCUGCCGGAGAGUUGGUUGUUGGUGAAACCAACAUCUAUGACGCUGAGAUGUUCGCCGCUACCUGGAAACCGGUGGUCGCGACUCUAUCUUAUGUCUUCAUGUCUGCCUCGGAUGACGCAGUUUACUCCCGGGUUGUCACUGGAUUCGAUCAGUGCGCCCAAAUCGCUGCCCGUUAUGGCUUAACCGACGCCUUCGACCGGAUCGUCUUCUGUCUGUCCUCGAUCAGUACCUUGGCUACCGAAAAGCCCCCCAGUACCGCUCUCAACACCGAAGUGCAGGCCGGUCAGAAGAGCGUGAUGGUGAGCGAACUUGCGGUGAAAUUCGGACGGGAUUUCAGGGCUCAACUGGCCGCGGUGGUACUCUUCCGUGUGUUGGCUAGCAAUGAAGCCGCAGUUCAGCAGGGCUGGACCUAUGUGGCUCGAAUCCUUAGCAACCUGUUCAUUAAUUCUCUCAUUCCUGCGCUCGAUUCCAAUCUUACCGCUGAGCUUGAUAUUUCGCCAAUUCCAUUGCAGACUCCAUCGCAAGUCGUGGACCGCGAUGGACGGAAUACGGAAACUGGGCUUCUAUCUGCUUUCACGUCAUACCUCUCCAGCUACGCAGCUGAUGAGCCUCCGGAGCCGUCGGAUGAAGAGCUGGAGAACACCUUGUGCACUGUGGACUGCAUUACCGCUUGUUCUACAGCCGACAUCCUGGCAAAUAUCAAGUCCCUUCCAUUGGAGACGGUGACUUUGGUUGUAGAAGCGCUAUUGGCCCAGAUGCCCGAAGAAAGUGCUCCGGCAGUCAUUGUCGUGAAGCCCGAACGACCUUCAGCUGGCUCAAGGGCGUCCAACGGCAGGACCGAUGGCAGCAGGUCCAACUACGACCCAGGCAUGAUGUACCUCCUUGAACUAGCGACUAUCCUGACCUUGCGGGACUCGCAAACCCUAGAGGCUCUCGGGGAGAGACUCCUGACCACAUUACAAGCGUUCAUUCGCGACGCGAGAAACAUCCAUUCUUUGGCCUUGUCCCGCAUCAUUCAUUAUCUGCUGAACCUGCUCCGGCUGAGCCACGAUCAGCCUUUCAUGAGGGUUCCUGUAAUCUUGCACGGCAUCUCUGGCUUUGACCAGGACAUCUUGGAAAGUGUCGCCGUUACGAUUGUGAAGAGCUUAUCUCGCUGCAUCUCGAGCCCCGGGCUUUUGCGGAACGAGAUCACCGUCUCUCCUGAUUUCUGGUCCAUCUUGCAGAGACUGCUGCCUCACAAGGAAGCUGCUCCGCUUGUAUUCGAUCUGCUGCACUCCAUCGUGGACUCAAAUCCUCCCAUAAUCACUGCCGAUAACUAUGAGGCUGCCGUUGGCCUUGCGAACGACUUCACCAGCGCCGGUAGCGUAGGCUAUAUUGAAGAGCGUCAGCGUGACGCGCAUGGAAGACGUGGCAAAGCUGUCAAGCCUUCAAAGCCGAGUGAGAAUGAGGUGGUUUCUCGUGGUGUGAAAGCCAUCGGUUUCGUCCUGCAACUGACACGCCGUGUCCCGAGCCUAAUCAAGCAGUCACACCUCGAGGAAAACGAAGCCUGGUCCGCCUACUGGUCUCCUAUCUUCCAGUCCUUGACUGCACAAUGCAUCAACCCAUGCAGAGAUAUCCGUCACCAUGCCGUUUCAGCUCUCCAACGAACUCUCCUUUCUCUCGAAAUCAACUCCACCGAUGAGAAGGAAUGGACAGCCAUCUUCGACCAAGUUCUCUUCCCCCUUAUCCUCCGGUUAUUGAAGCCUGAAGUGUACCACUCCGAUCCCUUGGGAAUGGGUGAAACCCGCGUCCAAGUGGCCAUCUUGGUGUGCAAAAUCUUCCUGCGCUACCUCGACCAGCUUCCCCACCGCGACGGCAUGCUCGAUCUGUGGCUCAAGAUCCUGGAUAUCCUCGACCGGAUGAUGAACAGUGGCCAAGGAGACAGCCUGGAAGAGGCGAUUCCCGAGAGUCUCAAGAACAUCCUCCUCGUCAUGGCAGACGGAGGCUACCUGGUCCCUCCUUCCCAGGAUCCCAGCAAGGAGCCCAUCUGGACAGAGACCAAGAAACGCCUGGAACGAUUCCUGCCUGAUCUGUUCAAGGAAAUCUUCCCCAAUGCAUCUGACGAGAAAUCCGCCCCCGUCUCCGUGGCUCCCUCCCCUGCCCCGUCAACCCCAACUCCCCCUGCUGAACCCCAAGAGCAAGCCAGUACCAGCGCAGAAGAGCAGCCGGCCUCAUCUGAAGCUCCCACCGAAGUCAAAGCAGAAGAAGAGGCCGAAGCACCGGCUACCAAAGAGGAUUGA